CCACAUCACACUGUGGUUGCGCGCGGGCUGAGCGACACACCAGCCUCCGCUCCUCCGCUCCCCUCCUGCUGAAGGAUCGCGUUUGGACGAACUUCUCUGUCGGUGGAAAUACGCUGUGGACGUUUGCUCAGGUUGGCCCUCAUACUAGCAAGUGUCCCAGUCAGUAAAAAAAGAAAGGAGCGUUUUAAAAAAGGAAACUUCUGAAACCACAAGAAAGAYUGUGACUUCAUCAAAAGGAACACGUUUUCCACUGCUAACGUACCUGCCGAGAGACACGGAAAAAUGCACAACCUCAGGACUAUCUGAUGUCUGGUUUUUUGGAUCUAAUUUUAAAAUUAGAAAAACCCUCAGAAGAAAGUCUUGCCCCCAGGGCUUCUCARCAAUGACCACAGACUCUUUCUUUACCACCAAGGCUGCUGUAGCYCCGUCUCCUGUCCCCAUGGCUUCCUCGGGAGGAGAGAUUAGUAUGUUUAGCGUGUACCAGAGCAAAGAAGUCAUCGUCGAGCACUACAACUACACAGGCAAGCUGAAYGCGAGCAAGUACAAGGCUGGACUCACAGGCGAGGCCAUAGCUGUCCUGCUGAUCUGCCUGCUUAUCAUAGCAGAAAACACAGUGGUGCUGGUGGCCAUCUGGAAGAAUAAGAAGUUCCAUAUUCCCAUGUACUAUUUACUGGGCAAUCUGACUCUCUCAGACCUGCUCGCAGGUUUGACCUACAUGAUAAACAUUAUAACGUCUGGUGCUAACACAUUCAACAUGACCCCAGUGCUGUAUUUCCUGAGGGAGGGGUGUGUGUUCAUCAUGCUGGCUGCUUCGGUCAUCAGUCUGCUGGCCAUCGCCAUUGAGCGCCAUGUCACCAUGGUGAGGAUGAAGCCGUACCAAGGGAAUAAACAGGGUCGGAUGUUCCUACUGAUUGGAGCCAGUUGGCUGCUCUCCAUGUUCCUGGGGGUCCUGCCCGUCCUGGGGUGGAACUGCAUCGGACAGCUGGACAAGUGCUCCACCGUUCUGCCGCUCUACGCCAAAAGUUACAUCCUCUUCUGCAUCACCAUCUUCAGCGCCAUCCUCCUGUCCAUCGUGGUGCUGUACGUGCGCAUCUUCCGCAUCGUCAAGGCCAACACCCAACGCCUCGCCUCGGUGCCACAGAGGAAAGGCCUUUAUCGCAAGUCCCAGAAGUACAUGGCGCUGCUGAAGACCGUCACCAUCGUCCUGGGGGUCUUCAUUGCGUGCUGGCUUCCUCUGUUCGCCCUCCUCCUGCUGGACUUCUUCUGUCCGGUCAGAGGCUGCAACGUGCUCUAUAAGGCUGAUUACUUCUUGGGCACGGCCAUAGUCAACUCCCUCCUCAACCCCAUCAUCUACACGCUGACCAGCAAGGACAUGAGGAAGGCCAUCCUCAAGCUGCUGUGCCGCCACUGCCUCCUAACCAAAGACGGGAAGAUGAAGAGAUUCGGAAUGGCCUUCUUAGAUUUCAGCACCACUAAAACAGACGCAGCCUCUCACAGACUGGAGGGACUGGACACGACAGUUUCCUCCGGUAACUUUACACCCUCCACCAUUAARGUCAUUUAUCCCAGGAUUUCUAGGAUAUGACACUCAGUCUCAGCCUUUAGGUGCUUCGAAAUGUCAAAACGUGGGAAGGAGCAAAAAGUCUYUGUUGCACUUUGAAAUCUCUUCAGGUUUAUUUUCAUAAACUGMUUCAUGUUUGUGAUCAAUGUCGGAACUGGGAGAAAUGACUUUUUUUAAACCAAGCAUUACAUUUUUUAUGUUUUARUGGUAGCUAAAGAUUGAGUAACUAGCAUUAUUGUUGUCUUUUGCCCUGUCCACUCCAGAUAAUUCCUGUUUUCAUUGUUCUAACAAAAAUGCUGAAAUACUCGUGAUGCACCACUAGUUGGCGAGAAUGUCCAUAAUACAGCGAGAACAUUCUUAGCUUGGCUACACCUGACGAAAACAAUUAUUUAGAUCCAUUUUUGUUGACCAUUUCAGUACGUGAUCAAAAAUGGACGUGAUUUUUAUGAAACAAAGCAAAGCAAAACAGAUAGAAAAUAAUCAACUUAAAUUUUUAAUUUUUAUAAAACAAAGUGACAGCAGACAUGCACAAAAAAUGCAUAUUUAAGUGCUCUUGAGAAUGUAUGUGAAGACAGAAGUUGCCAGAGUAGCAGAAAUAGAGGUUUUGAAUAYAUCUAACGUAGUGAAGAUGGGGCUUUAGACUCCGAACAAGGUCAGUAUUAGAAGAUAUUUCCUCUGAAACCAAAGUAAAGAAACUUACGAGUGAAAAAAUGAGAAUGCUACAAGACAGCGUGCAGAUGUUUUACAUAAAUCUACCCAGACUGAGAGGAGAGAAGCCUUAUUAGAUUUAUCCUUAUCUCCUGCUGUCUUUGUAGAGUAUAAUAACAUGUUAUGAACCCUGAAGCACCCACGCCCUAAAAAAGAAAGCCAUAUAAUUUCUGCCAUGUGAGUUUUGGUCAGCGCUGAUGCUGGGACAUCAGACGCUCGGUGGCCAGAGACGUUCUGAAGACGUCAGCCGGAGAGCUGAGCUGGGUGGCUUCAGCUUUGGAGGUCCUUCWCAACACAUGUAGCGACACAUGAUAAGUGCCCUGAAAGCAAUAAAAUCUGACAGGAGGCUUGUUGACGCCUUUUUUCCUUCUUCUUUGGUUUAAUCGGCUGGAACAUGGCAGCGAAAGGUUACAGCUAUAAACUAUGUCUUCUCUUUAAAGAGAAAUCGUUUUGUUCAGUCAAAAAGAAACCUGUGGAUUUUUUUUUGUAAAGCGAUGUCAUCGUAAUUAAUAAAACUCCAGAGGGAAGAGAAAUGACCAGUUUCAUUGUAAACUAAAAAAACAAGCUUUCAUAAAUGUAAGUAAAAUGUGUAAAAAUAAAGAUUUUAUGUAGCUAUAUUUACUAUACUUUGUAAAUAUUCAUAAUAAAGCUGUGUGUUGUUUUGUGAAACCUUUAAAUUAUAAUGCUAGUUUUGUAUCUGCACUGAAUAAACAUGUGAACGAUUUUUAAAUGAA